AUUGUAUAUAUAAAUAAUGUAUGAAAAAUCUUCAUUCUUCAUAUCAAAGUUUCACAACCUAACUUCGAAUCCUUUUUCUUCUUCUCAACAUCAUCAUCUUCAUCAAUCUCCAAAUAUGAGUUCUGCUCAGCCAUCAGUUUCAUGUUAUUCCGCCGGAGAAGGCCCAUAUGUGGCUCCACCACCGGUCGGUUACCCCACCAUGGACGCCUCUGCUGUUGCCCAACCACAAAACAGAGUUGAAACCAACUCCAAGGAUGGUUUAUCCAAAGCAAGUUGUGCUGCCAAGUGUUGCAUUGCUUGUAUGGAAUGCUUCGCAGGAUUAUCAUCAUGACUCAUCCUAUUCUAUCUCUAUGCAUUUUUAUUUACCACUAUUGUAUAUGUAUGAUCAAAUAUUGUAUUAUCAGACUCAGCACAGGUUUAAUUGUUUUAUAUGUUGAAUAAUACUACAUUCAGUAGUUCUGCUUUUCAA